UCCAUAAAAUCUUGAAUUCUUACAAAAAGGGGUCUUUUUUUGGAAGUUCAAGACUCUUUUUUCUAAAAUCUCCCAUAAAAAUUCAAACUUUUUACAAGGUUUUCUCAAAAGGGUUCCUAAUAAAUUGAAGACUCUUUUUUUACAAGGUAUUUUCAAAAGGGGUCAGUUUUACAAGUUCAAGACUUUUUUUUCUCUAAAAUAUAUGGAUAAUAUAGAAGAAGGAUUGUUAUUGAAAGAAAGGGAGUUAGUUGAAUUGAGAUGGGGAGUAAUUUGGGAGGAAGUGAAGGAAGUUGGUUACUUGGCUGUUCCUAUGAUAGUUGUGACACUUUCACAGUAUUUAUUGUUAACAAUAUCAUUAAUGAUGGUUGGUCAUUUGGGUGAACUUUCCCUCUCAAGUUCUGCCCUUGCUGUUUCUAUUGCUGGAGUCACUGGUUUCAGCUUUCUUUUGGGAAUGGCCACUGCACUAGAAACUCUUUGUGGACAGGCUUUCGGAGCUAAACAAUAUCAAAGACUUGGUGCUCAAACAUACACAGGCAUUUUUUCUCUCUUCAUUGUUUGCAUUCCCCUUGCAGUUUUAUGGCUAUAUGUGGGGAAAUUGCUUAUUUUGAUCGGGCAAGAUCCUCAGAUUUCUCAUGAAGCCGGCAAGUUCAUUAAGUGGCUGAUUCCUGCUCUCUUCGCUUACGCAAAUCUUCAGCCACUUAUUCGGUACUUUCUAAUGCAAAGUAUGAUUGCUCCAAUGCUCAUAAGCUCUUGCAUUACGAUAUGCUUCCACAUACUGCUGUCUUGGGUGCUAGUGUUUAGCUCUGGCUUAGGUAAUAUUGGGGCAGCAGUGGCUGUUGGUAUAUCGGUGUGGUUGAAUGACAUAAUUCUUGCUUCAUACUUGAGGUUGUCUCCUGCUUGUGCAAAAACGCGUGCACCAGUGUCAUGGGAGAUUGUCAACGGAAUGAGAGAGUUCUUUCAGUUUGCUAUCCCUUCUGCUAUCAUGAUUUGUCUUGAAUGGUGGUCAUUUGAGCUGCGCAUCUUACUAUCCGGACUAUUGCCGAAUCCCCAACUUGAAACUUCAGUACUAUCUAUAUGUCUGAAUACUACUAAUACUCUUUAUGCAAUUCCAUUUGGUCUCUCUGGCGCUGUAAGGUGUCGCGAGGGGAUGUGGUUGGCAGCAUAUCGGAGCCUAUGUCAAUCUUGCUUCGUUUUACCUUUUUGGAAUUCCUAUCGCUGCUUCAUUAGCGUUUUGGCUCAACUUUCGAGGAAAAGGCCUGUGGAUCGGCAUACUUUCUGGUUCAGCUUUGCAAACUAUUCUACUCUCUGUUAUUACAUGCUGCACAAAUUGGAAAAAACAAGCUGCAAUGGCAAGGGAGAGGCUUCACGCUGCUGAAAAAUCAUCAGUAGAUAACAUGCUGUCAUAAAAAACAUGUAGAAAAUUCUCUUCGAAAUACUCGAAUAAUGUUAUAUGGUUUCUUGAGGCAUCUUUGCUCCUUGAAGCCCGAAUAAUAAGAAGCCAAGCGUCAUUUCCUAAUUGUUAGCGGAGUCAUGACAACCAUCGAGAUAACCUCGUAAUACUGUCGAGGUCGAGGAUCAUGGUAGAAGGUUAGUAGGUGUUGAGGAUUGUUGUAUUUCUAGUUGUAUGAUUUUGGUAUCACGUAGUUUCUUUUCUCUAAUAUGUAUUAAUAUCUAUUGCUACACUUGUUUUGUG